CAUAUAAUGCAGAAAGAGGGAGUUACACAGAGAAAGUAAAACAAAGUAAAGUCGACCAAGUGACCUAAUUUCCAAUUUGGGUAAGAAUGCACUUUGGAAGAGCAAACAAUGGUAGCUGUCAUGUUAUAGAACUCACAUGAAAAUGCAGAUUCAUAAAACCUAUCUUACCUAAUAUCUCUAACCAUAUUCAAUAGUUUUGCCAUGUGUAACUCAUUUCCCACACAUUCUUAUUUUUUCAACUCAUUUUCAUUCUUUCCUUUUUAUAUCUAUAUAUUUGUGUAACCUUCAAAUCUCUGUCUCUUCCUGUCCUUUUUUUUACUUCUCCAAUAUACUUCCAUUUUUCACUUUUCCAGUUAAUAUAUGAAGAGAAACUGCUAUCUCGAUCUUCGUCUUCAUUCUUCCUCUUCUCAUACUUCAAUGAAUGGGAACUUCAACCUACACAGUAUUAAACUUGCUGCUAUUCUUCAUAACCAACGCCACUGCAUUUUUGACACUACAGAACUUCAGGCAAGAGCGAUAAUAUGGUUGGCAAGUAGAGAAAUGGUGAAAACCAGAAGCUUGCGUUCUGAAGCAUUAUUAGUACAUAUUUCGCCACACCUCUCCAUCAAGAAAUCACUUCAGAAUUUCCUGCAGAGGAGAAAGAAACGAAAAUCUUACCAAAGGAACAGUGACAAUAAUUAGUCAUAUAAUAUAUAUAUGAACGAAUCCCUGUUCCUUCUUUGUAUUUCCUCUGGAUACUGAUAUUUCUUCAAUGAAAAA